ACCACUUCUACCAGAUCGACGUUAUCUCCAUCGAUGACGUCAACAACAACGAUUCUCAAGACCACUUCUACCAGAUCAUCAAUGUCACAAUCAACAGAUCUGACUACAUCAUCAGGUAGUUCCACUACAUCGACGGAAGAAAGCAGAACGAUGGCAACUACAGAAACUGCUACUACUUCCACUACCGACAACGGGACAGAGGAGGCCACGGCUAUAAUAUCCACACUUGGAAACGCCGCUGUAGAGGUGGAACCGGUUCCUGGUGGCAAGACAGAAGGGAAAAUGAAGACAUUCACGUCGCAUAUCUCAGUGAGACCAACCUUUCUACUGCAAGUUCUCGACACCACUUCCGGGAGCCCAGCAAAAUCACUUCCGGUCACUCUGUACGAGCAGACGACAAAGAAGGGUUGGGAGGCAGUGGAAGAAGGAUGUACCCUGGAUGACGGACACAUGAAGCUGCUAAAAGGUCGAAGCCUGAACCCUGGGGGUCGCUACAAACUCCAUCUCGACACCGGACGCUAUUUCUCACAGAAAGGGGACAACCGAUGUGUCCUUUCAUUGAGCUGGGCUUGCAGACUCCACCAGACUGCCAGAACCUUCACGUGUCCGUCCAUAUUGGUCUAAAUGGUUACGCCACGUAUUUCGGAACGUAGUCAAAGACAUGGACAUUGCAACUGUUGAAUAUACCAAGUUCAUCAUGUAGAUGACAGAAUGCCCUUGUAAAUCCCAACUGCCAAAUGUACAGGUUUCAAGGUUCCCUGGAGUGAAACCAUGACGUAUCCGUCAGUGUCUCAAGAAGAUGAUUUCGUUAAAAAUGUUUUUUUAAUAAAACAAAUAUGUGA